AUGUCACAUCAAGUAUUAAGCACGCUAGCUGAAAGUCAAUCUUUAUACUUGGAUCCAGCUAUACGUGAUUGGGUAUUGAUCCCUAUCAUGAUAGUGAUGGUGUUAGUUGGUGUGUUCAGGGAUCAAAUUACAGUAUUAUUAAGUGGUGGAACAAAAAAAGCAACUUUAAAAGCAAUUAGAGAAUCAAAGGUUUUAAUGCGAGGAGCUGCCUUAAGGAGUUAUGGAAAUCAUAUUCCUCCGUUAUCAUUUUUAAAUAGAAAAAAUUAUUUAACAAAUGCAUAUAAGAAAGGUGAUUAUUUAAAGAAUCCCGCAUCAAUGAAUCAAACAGUUAAUCCAAUGACUGAUCCUCAAGGAAUGGAAAUGAUGAUGGAAGGAAUGAAAAAGAAUAUCGCAAUGAUUAUUCCACAAACAAUUAUUAUGGGUUGGAUAAAUUUCUUCUUUUCCGGAUUCGUGUUAAUUAAAUUACCGUUUCCUCUUACACUUCGUUUUAAAUCUAUGUUACAACGUGGUGUGGAAACUCCUGAUAUGGAUGUUACUUGGGUUUCAUCUUUAUCUUGGUAUUUUCUUAAUCUUUUUGGAUUAAGAAGUAUAUUUACAUUAUUAUUAGGUGAAGAUAAUGCUGCUGAUGGUAUGAGAGAAAUGACAGCUAUGUCACAAAUGACUGCUUCACCUACUGGUCAACCUCAAGAUUUUCAUAAACUUCAUUUAGCAGAAAGUGAAAAUCUUGAAUUAACCCCUCAUUCAUGGGAAUUAAAUGAUAUUGAACAUAGAUUGUUAACUCGUUAUGGUAAAAGAGAACAACAGAAAAUUAUUGAUUCUACUGAAAAUGUUAUAGAAAGUAAUGAAAAAAAUGCUAUUGAAGCUGCUUCGGCUUCUUCUUAUUCUGAACAUAAAGGAAAAAGUCGUAGGAAAAGUGGAAAACAUUGA